AUGGCUGCCGGUAAACACAUGUUCCACCCGGCACUUGCCGUCUCCAAUAUCAAGAACCAUGUUUCCGUCGUUCUUGAGAUGGAAAACGUCCAAUAUGGGACGUGGGCUGAACUUUUAAAGAUUCAUGCUCGAUCGCAUCGGGUCCUUCAUCAUAUCAUUCCACCGGAAUCCGGCAUGGGUCCGACCCCUCUUUCGACUGAUGCCGAGAAAGAACUGUGGGCUACUCUUGACGCCACCGUUCUUCAAUGGAUAUACUCUACUAUAUCCACUGACUUGUUGACCACCAUUCUUGAACAUGAUUCCUCAGCUAUGGAGGCAUGGAACCGUCUCCGAGAUAUUUUUCAAGAUAAUGAGAUCUCCCGUGUUGUGGCCCUUGAGCAAGAGUUUUCUUCUACCACUAUGGCUGAGUUCCCUAAUGUCGCUGCCUACUGCCAACGCCUUAAAUCUCUUGCUGACUAG